AACCUUCCCCUUCCUUCCGCCCCAACCGAAACCACCCUACAAACCUCCUCGCACGAGCCAAACUCAGCCUCCCCCCACCCGAAGGCACGAGAAACAGAGAGAGCUCCGGAGAUGUCGGCGGACGAGUUGCGGCUGGACCUGGAGGAGCUGCUGCGGCUGGAGGGCCUCGCCAAGCGCCCCCGCGUCGUCUCCCUCCUCUCCAACGAGAUCCGCAGCGUCGACGCCAAGCUGGCCUCGCGGGCUGCGCCUGUGCCUGUGCCGACGCCCGCGCCGCAGGCGGUCGCGGUCGCGGCGGCGGCCCCUGCUGGUCUGAGCUAUGUCACGCUGGGGUCAUUCAGCUGGGACCAGGACAAUGAGAAGAUCAGGGUCUACGUAUUCCUUGAGAAUGUCGACCAAGAGAAGGUGGAGACUACUUUCAAGCCAAUGUCAGCGGACAUCAAGUUUCAUGAUGUUAAAGGCAAGAACUAUAGGUGUGCCAUCCCAAAACUGAACAAAGAAAUAGUUCCUGAGAAAUGCAAGGUUGUGGUCAAGCCUACGAAGAUUGUCAUCACCCUGUGGAAAGCUUCUUCCGGCAAUUGGUUGGAUCUACACUACAAGGAAGACAAGUUUAAGCCAAGCAUGGACAAAGAGAAGGAUCCCAUGUCAGGAAUUAUGGAUUUAAUGAAGGGCAUGUAUGAGGAAGGUGAUGAAGAUAUGAAGCGCACAAUAGCCAAAGCGUGGUCUGACGCCAGGUCUGGGAAGACGGCUGAUCCAAUGAAGGGAUUGCCUUGAGCUGGUGGUAGUUUUGGUUCCGAGAGCUGCUAUAUGUGCUGAGCUAGUCCGUACAUUCAGUGUGGUUUACUAGAGUAGUGUCAUGAGUAUCCGCAUCGCAUGUGUGAGAUCGAUACCUGUCUGAUGAUGAUGGGAAUGCUCGUUUUCCUCCGGUGUUUGAUUGGCCUAAUUUGCACUGCAUCGCAUGUGUGAAAUCGAUUACCUGUCUGAUGAUGAUGGGAAUGCUCGUUUUCCUCGGGUGUUUGAUUGGCCUAAUUUGCACAUUCUUGCAUUUGAACUGAGAAAAGAUGAAUGCAUAUGCUUGUGCUAUGAGAAA